UCUAACAGAGCGCGCUAAACAACGCUAGACAACGUUCAUCUUUGAUACUCUCUCUAUUAUAUUCACCUUAUUAAACCCGAAACUGUCAGCAAGUUACCAAACACUACCAUCAAAGUUAAAUACCAGUAUUGUGUAAAGCUCUUGAUUGUAUUGUACAAAUCUAAUUAACAAUUAUUCGGUUAAGAAAUCGGAACCAAGGUUAAAUUUCAUCACGAUGGACGCAACAAUGGAAAAUAAGAUGGGACUCCCGCCUCCGUACGAGCCGACUGCCCCGAGCCCGGCGCCACCGCCGUCUUAUUUUGGCGACAACCCGCCGCCGCCGGCAGGGCUGGCAGUGCCAGCAGUACCGCCGCGCACCACCGUCAUCACGACGCCCGCCGCGCCCGCAGCGCCCGCCGGCCGGCCCAUCAAGCUAGGCCCCGGCCCCACCGGUGCUUCCUGCCCGACUUGCCAUAAGUCCAUUGUGACUCGUGUAGACUUCGUACCUAAUACUCGUACUCAUAUAGUAUCUGCGGCGCUAUGUGUUUUAGCCGGAUGUUGCUGCGGUUGCUUCGUGCCGUACUGCAUGCGCUCCUGUAAAUCUGCCAAUCACUACUGCCCCGCAUGCAAAGCCUUCAUCGGAACCUACCAGCAUUCCUGAAGUGCUGCUUAUAGCCAACAAAUAUGAUAUCGGAAUCUUUUAAGGGUGUUU